AUGAGCAGGGUGGUGAGGCCGCCGAGUGAGGCAGAGGUGCCGACCUGGGAAACCGAGGACGAUGACAUGGCAGAAGGCGACUUAGGGUAUGGCCUCGGGAGAAGGCCCAGCAGUAUUUAUGAAGUGCAAGUUUCACAUCUGUCUACAUCUAGAAAAAGAUCGGAUGGAAAGAACUUUAGCCCUCCCCCCUUUCCAGGAACGAGGGAAGAAAGAAGUGGUGCCAUUUUUCAGUAUUCCAGGCAUAAGAGCUCCCAAGAUACACACCCUGAAGAGUCCAGCACUUCCCACCACAGAAGACAAAGCAGCACUGAUUCUAAUUCAGAAUUGUCAAAUGUCGAAUUAAAGCAACGUCUUCAUGAUGCUUUAGAGGAGGUAGAAAUUUUAAAAACUGAACUUGAGGCAUCUCAGAGACAACUUGAGGGUAAAGAAGAAGCACUGAAAAUUCUUCAAAGCAUGGCAAUAUUUGGCAAAGCCACAAGUCAUACUCAAGUGAUGCUUCAAAAAACUAUGGAACAAAAGAGAUCCUUGGAGAAGGAAAUAAAUGCCUUGCAAUGGGAAAUAGAAUUUGAUCAGAAUAGAUUUAAAAAUAUAGAAGAAUCAUGGACCCAAAAAUAUGACAGGCUAAACUGUGAAAAUGCAGUCCUCAAGGAAACUCUGAAUGUGAAAACAGAAGAAAUUAAAAUGCUGAAGUCAGAAAAUGCACUUUUAAAUCGACAAUAUUUGGAGGCCCUCGCCAUGCUGGAGAUCAAACAGCAGAUGGCAGCUCAGGAACACAAGUUCCGUGAUAAAUGUGGUUUUACAGAGGUUUCAGGUCUUGAGCUUGCUGUCCUCAGAGCCUGCCUUUGCCAUGGUCCCGGAGGGAGUCCCUGUGCUUGUGCCAAAAUGGCGGCAUCGGCUCGGAAAAUGCUUCUUAAGCUCAAACAGGAGUUGGGACUUUUGCAGAAGAGUAAAGAAGAAGCUUACAUAAUGGCAGAUGCAUUCAGAAUUGCAUUUGAGCAACAAUUAAUGAGGAAAAAUGACCAGGCACUAAGAUUGACACAAAUGGAUAAAAUGUGUAAAAAAGCAACAAAAUGGAUAAAUUGGAAGCACCUUAAGGAGGAUGUUUUAGGAUUACCAUCACAAGGAAGUAAGAAGACCUUAGGGCAGAAACUGUUGGGUAUGCUCCCUUCAGAAAACAGUUCUAAGAAGACUGAAGACCAGGAUAAUCCUCAGGAAGUCUUUAAGAUGCUAACAGAGUUGUUGAAUGACAAAGAAGAAGCUUUGGCUCAUCAAAGAAAAGUUAGUUACAUGCUUGCUCGGGCAUUAGAAGAGAAAGACACCACCUCAAAUGACAAUAAGGAAAAAAAUCUUGUGAAAGACAAUUUUCCAUUAAAAAAUGCAUGGGGGAAAGCUUCAGAAUUCCCUGUACUGCAUGAUCCUGUGUUUUCAAGUGUUCACAUUUUAAGUUCUGCGGGCUGUCUUUGUUCAAUCCAGCACCCUCACAGAGAUCAGCACUGCACAAGAACUCUCAAAAGAUCCUGUUCUUUGCCAUCAAAUAUCAUGUUUUGAAGAUAAAUCAGUUGAAAUCAGACCUGAGAGCUGUUUAUAUUAUGACACUUUAAAAAAGGACUGUACAAAUGUUGCUACAUCUUCAGAAGUUAUAUGUUUUAUGGGUAUUUCUAAGUUUUAGAAGGUAGCUUAAAUACUCAAAUGUUUUCUACAAGAAAUUUAUUAAUAUUCUGUGUUGAUGGAUUUUAUAAAUUACAUUAGUAUGCUUUAUUAAAUUUUCAGUAUUUGCCAACAUCUUAAAAACAAGAAAGUGAUUUCUGAGAAAAAAAAAUUUAUUAAACUAUUUUGAUUGACUAAAGGGAUCUUUGGCUUAAGCAACAAUAUAAAUUAAUGCUCUAAGAAAUAACAAUGCCUAGGAGUGGCUGCAUGAUAAUUUUUGAAAUACAUGUAUCUUGUUUUAUUGCUAUUUUUCAGGAUUUUCAUUUGCCAGAGAAAGGUUACAACUAAUAAUUUCCUUAAGUUAACUUCAAUAAAAAAGUUAUCAUGGUGGGACUUUGGCAGAAGUAUAUUCAAAGCAUUGCUAGUUACCUUUAUAGCUUCUUUUUUUGUUGGUGUGAUGACACUUUGGAGCCAGAACUGUGCAGAAUUCUAGCACUCACACCAUUCUUUGGUUUUGAUGCUGAAUUUUAAGGUAUUGCGUAAAAUCUUUAAUACCUUCUGGGAAUGUUGCUAUAUUAGUAAUAUCACAAUUAUGCCAAAGGAAAUGCAUUACACUGUCAGAAGUUUUAGAAGUUUUGUAAAACUUUAGUUAUGAUCUCUAGUAAAAAAAAAAAAAAAAAAAAA